AUGAGAAUGGAGUCAAAGAAUAGUAGGAAUCCUCUGGUCUUCACGGGCAACUGGAAUCGGAAGCUUGUCUCCGAAGUCUGUGCAAUAGCUAGAUUGCCCCUCGGGAAAGCGGAUGUAUCAAAUUUUUCGGAUGGAGAGACGAAGGUCGACUUACAGGAGGAAUUGGGUGGUUCUGAUGUAAUAUUCAUCCAGUCUACAUCGCCUCCGGUGAACAGCAAUCUUCUGGAGCUACUGUUCAUGAUUUCAGCUGCCAGUCGAUCAGGAGCCAAACACAUCACGGCCAUCAUACCGUAUUUCGGAUACUCAAGGCAAGACAGGAAAACUACCGCGGGAUCCAAUAUCUCGGCGAGCGACGUGGCCAGAAUGCUUGAACUAUUUGGCGUUAAUCGUAUUGUAUCCUUCGACCUACAUAGUACAAUGUGCCAGGGAUUCUUUGGACCUAAAGUGCAAGUGGAUAAUAAAAAUGCUCUCGGAAUUUUCGUGGACUAUCUCGACGGUCUUGAAAGAGUAUCAAUCGUCUCACCGGAUGCAGGCGCCUAUUCGAGGUCGAUGCAAUUGUACAAAAUGCUUGCAGACCACUACCCCCAUUAUGACAUUUCUUCGGCUAUGAUAUUUAAACAGAGGGUAACGGCCAACCAUGUAGAAAACGCCGUGCUCUGUGGAAAUGUCACGGGUUGUGACGUGAUAAUUGUUGACGACAUUGUUGAUACGGCCGGCACCCUCUGCAAGGCUUCAGAGCUAUUGAUGGCAAAUGGCGCUAAAAGUGUGAUAGCGCUCAUCACGCACGGUAUAUUUUCGGGGCCUGCAUUGCAAAGGAUUAGGGAUUCUCCGAUCGCACGCAUCGUAACCACCGACAGUAUAUGCCAUUCGGAAGCAAUUUUAUCUGAUCCAAAAAUACAAGUCGUCUCGCUCUGCAGGGAAAUAGCUGCUAUAGUCGGAAGCUGCAUAGGUAGAACGCAGCCCUGA